CCCAAUAUAUAAAAUCUGUUUUCUAUUGUGAGUAUUGCUUUUUUGGGUAGUGGGGCUUUAGGAAGUCACUUCUUUCAGUUAUUUGCUUCUUCUUCUUCCUUGGUCAUGGUGAUCGUCUUCAUGGAUUUCAUGAGUGCUUGAAGGGGUUUACAGUAAAAGCCUGGGUUUUUUGGGGGGUUUUGGGGGUUUAGAGAGAGAGAGAGAGAGAGCAUACUUUUUUUCAUCACAUGGACUGCUUGUUUACUUGCUCUGGGUAUUUCAAGAAUUCAUUCCUUUGGCUGCAUUUUGGGAUCAAGAAUGUAUGUGAGUUCUUAUCUCUUGAAAAAACAAUUUUUCUUAGCAUGAGUUCUCUCUGAAAGUUCAGGAAUCCGAUGAUCUUUUUGUGUUUUUUUUUUUGGGUAGGUCUUGAUUGAAUGUGUUUACAAUAGGGGGUGUUAUUAGUUUUAGUUCCAACAUUCUUUCCAAUUCUUUGAUUCUUUGAUUUGGCUUGUUCUGUUGAUCCUAUUCUUUGUUGCACAUAAACAUAUAGGACACACACACAGAGAGAAAAGAAGAAAGCGUAUAUUUUUGGCAUCGGAUUCCAGUUUUUGUCAAUUUCUUGGGAAAUUAAUUUUGGCACACACUCACUCACUCACUCACAUUAGAGGCAUUGCUCUGUUUCUCUUGAUAUCUCUGUAAAAUUUCAUACCCAGUAAGUGUAUACUGUUACAUAGUGUAAAGUGGUAAGAGAGAGAGAGGUGGGUGGGAUUGAAGAUAGAAAGGAAGAAAUUUGGGAGAGGGGGUGAAGAAUGUUGGCCGGGUGUUCUUCUUCUACAUUGGUUUCACCAAGGCAUAGAUUGAGGAGCGAAGCAUCUGAGCAGUUUCAAGCUUGUCAUUUCCCUGCAAUAAUGAGCACGCAGAGAUUGGAUUUGCCAUGUAAUUUUAUCCGGAAAGAGAGCUCCAGGGCUCAGUCGGUGAGGCCGGUUGGGCUCUCCGUUGAGAAGCCCGGAGGAGAAGCCAAGACCAGUGGUUGUGGUCUGAAGCAGAACAUCCGUCUUCCCCCGACCCCGACCGCCAUUCAGACGCCUCGUUUUGAAGGUAAGAGAGAGAGUUGGGAGUGGGAGAAGAAGAGCAGAUGCUUGAAGAGGAGUUGUGAUGAGGGUUUUGUGAGCAGAGCUAAUAAGAGGAAGAAGGGCUGUGGAGAAGAAGAAGAAGAAGAUGAAAAAGAAGAAGAAGAAAAGGGUCAUCAUGGUUUGAGUUUGGGGCAUCAUAGUGGGGGUUUUUGGUUUCAAUCAGGAGUUGUUGGAGGAGAGGAAGAAAGUGUGUGUUUUGUGCCAAGUGAAGUGAGGCCAUGGCUGGAUUCUGUUGUAACUGAGAUCACAGAUUUUAGUGACAAGAAUGUGGUGGAGACAAGCCAGGGUGGUGGCAAAGAAGCUUCUGGAUCAAGCACUUCUUCAGAGGGGGGUAGGGGUGGUGGGAGAGGUUUGCUGCUUAGGCCCCCUCCCACUAGUUCUGACUAUGAAAUAGGCAAUGGUUCUCGCCGCCCGAAUCCCAACAACACCGCCGCUUCUCAGGCUGCUGUGGCAGGAGAAACUGAGCCUAACAAUGGGGUUGAGCUAAUCACCUUGCUGGUGGCUUGUGUUGAGGCAGUGGGCUUAAAGAACUUUGCAGCUGUGAACCAUUGCAUUGGGAGAUUAGGGGAGCUUGCUUCUCCUCGGGGGUUGCCCGUUAGCCGCCUCACCGCCUACUUCACCGAGGCGUUGGCUUUGAGAGUGGCAUGGCAUUGGCCUCAUAUCUUCCACAUUACCCCUCCAAGAGACCUCGAUCGCCCCGGGGGCCUCGAUGAUGAUCAUAACAAUGGCACUGCAUUGAGGCUCUUGAAUCAGGUCACCCCAAUCCCAAAGUUCAUCCAGUUCACAUCCAAUGAGAUUCUCCUCAGAGUUUUCCAAGGAAAGGACAGGGUUCACAUCAUUGAUUUCGACAUCAAGCAAGGCCUCCAAUGGCCUAGCCUGUUCCAGAGUUUGGCUUCCCGGGCUAAUCCCCCGAGUCACAUUAGGAUCACGGGCAUCGGAGAAUCGAAGCAAGAACUGCUCGAAACUGGCGAUCGACUGGCUGGAUUCGCCGAGCAACUCAACCUGGCCUUUGAGUUCCACCCAGUGGUUGAUAGGCUAGAAGAUGUGAGACUGUGGAUGCUCCAUGUGAAGGAGGGCGAAAGCGUUGCAGUGAAUUGUAUGCUCCAGAUGCACAAGGUCUUGUACGACACUUCCGGUCGAGCCCUUGUGGAUUUCUUGGGCUUGAUCCGAAGCACAAACCCGAUAGCUGUCGUGAUGGCAGAACAAGAAGCCGAGCACGACGAGUCCAGCUUGGAAUCGAGGCUUGUAAACUCCUUAAAGUACUACUCCGCUGUCUUCGAUUCCCUCGACUCAACCCUGCCACUAGACAGCCCGGUCAGGACCAAGAUCGAGGAGAUGUUCGCCCGGGAGAUCAGGAACAUCAUUGCCUGCGAGGGACGAGAGAGGCUCGAGAGGCACGCGAGUUUUGGCAAGUGGAGGAAGCUGCUGAUGGAGCAAGGGAAGUUUCGGUGCGUGGGGAUCACGGAGAGGGAGCUUCUGCAAAGCCAAAUGCUGCUUAAGAUGCACUCUAUGGAGAGCUACAAGGUGGAGAAGCAAGGGGAGGAUGAUGGACUGACUCUUAGUUGGGAAGACCAGCCACUUUAUACAGUCUCAGCAUGGACACCUUUUGAUAUUGCAGGAAGUUCAUCUUCUUAUUCUCAGCCAACUUGAAUCUUAAUCACUCACAGGUUUAAUAUUUUCUUUGUUCAGUAUACAGAAGGAAAAAAAAAAGGGUAGCAAAUUCUUUUAUAGGUAGGGAGAUCAGUCAAUAUUCUUUCAUUCUUUACUGCAGAUAAGAUAUUCAUCUGAUAGGACAAGAACAACAACCUAUUUCUGUUUGAAUUCUUCUUAGGUUUCUAGUUCCUCAGCAAAAGUGAAAGAUUCUUUUUUUGUGUAUUGUUCUUUCAAUUCUUUUAUGUAAUAUGAAAAUUCUUUCUUAGUUCAGUUGUAAGCAUUGAUUGAUUGCCUUUCUUUAUUCAUCUGUCAUUGUAUUAUUAUUUCAAUAAAAAGUGAUUGCAUGCUUCAGUUA